GUUUUAAAUGUCAUGGUGGGUCCCAUGUGUUCUACGUGAAUGAAACGAAGCGUCUGGAGAAUUGUUUUCGUACAGACCAAGCUGCUAUAUAAAUGAGAUCAGAUUAAUUACUUGAAGAGGAAUUCGAGAGAGAUUUUACAGAUCAGAAGGAAAGAAUCAUUCAGAAGCAAUGGCGAAUUUUGGUGAAGGAAGAAGAAGAGGAAGCGGAGGGAUGCUUCCGCUGCUGGCGAUUAGCGCCGUCGCGGAGUACUAUAGGCUGCCGUGGAAACCGCCGGUGACGGCGGGUCUAUUGGCCGCGAACACUCUCGUCUACCUCAGGCCGGCGUUUAUCGAUCCCUAUAUCCCUCACAUCAGUGAGGUCUGGUUCAAUCCCAACCUCAUCCUGAAGCACAAGGACUUGAAACGCUUCUUUCUAUCAGCGUUCUACCAUCUCAACGAGCCUCACCUAGUCUACAACAUGAUGUCUCUUCUCUGGAAAGGUAUCAAGCUCGAGACAUCCAUGGGAAGCAGCGAGUUUGCUUCCAUGGUGUUUACGCUUCUUGGUAUGUCCCAAGGAGUAACGUUGCUGUUAGCCAAAUCCCUCCACGCCUUCUUCGACUACAGGAGAGCCUACUACCACGAGUACUCCGUCGGAUUCUCGGGCGUCCUCUUCGCUUUGAAAGUUGUUCUCAAUGCUCAGGCUGAGGAUUACACCAGCGUGUACGGCAUCCUCGUCCCAACAAAGUACGCCGCUUGGGCAGAACUGAUCCUAGUGCAGAUGUUUGUACCGAGCGCUUCGUUUCUCGGGCAUUUAGGUGGAAUCCUUGCUGGGAUUCUCUACCUGAAGCUGAAGGAUUCUCGCUCUGGCUCAGAUCCUGUGACCAUGGUGGUUCGAGGUGUUACCCGAGCGGUGACUUGGCCCUUGAGGUUUCUGAACAGUAUGGUUAGGUCUCGGAGGAGGAGGAUCUCAGGGAGAGGAAGAGUGGGAAGAGGGCAGACUGGGAUUGCAGGGCCUGGUAUCUGGAGAUGCCAGUCGUGUACAUAUGACAAUUCUGGUUGGCAAAGUGUCUGCGAGAUGUGUGGGUCGGGGAGGGCUAGAGGAAACGGAUGGUCAGUACAUCAGGGACCGGUACAGUCUUCUUCUUCUAAUGAUCUCCCUUUAGAUGAGCUGCGCCGUCGAAGAGUAGAGAGGUUUAGUUGAUUGAUCCUCUGGAAGCAUACUUAGCGCUGAGGAGGAACUGUGAAUGUGUCAUUUCAUUGGAUUAGCAUAUGAUUAGAGAACUUAGUUGUUGUUUUUUCAACCUGUGUGUCUUCUCUUUUGUUGUUGAAGAUUUGGUUCCAGGUGAAUUGUUCCUUGAUGACUUUACUCAGGUAAUGAAAAAAAGCUCUGUAAUGUUUGUGUUGGUCACACUGAUUGAGUGCUUUGAUUAGAGGUUUUAGAGAAAAAAAAAAAAAGAUCAAGGGUCUACAGUGUUUGAUUUCUCAGCUAAAGAACUCUCUGAUUUGUGAUUCUUAUUUCACUUCAAAAUAAAAAUGGAGGCAUUUAAAAAGCUACAAAAAUUGAGGGACCAAAAUUUAAAAAGAGAGAUUUAGCACUGUUACUCCUGACCCCAAAGAGAGUGAGAGUGAGAGUAAGAGAGAGACAAUGGCGAGCUUUAGCGGAUGCUGGUCGAUGAGCCUGGCCGCGAGCCACAGUACGUUCAUGGGAAGCGGAGUUGAACACCCUGCCGUUUUCGUGAAGCCAUGUUCGUCUUCGCAGUUUGGGGCUAUGGUGCCAAAUCGAGAACCAGCAGCGAUGACGGAAUCGCACGCCAUUCUCGUAUUAAGAAGGUUAAGCGGUACUCCUGACAGGCCAAGGCUCUGCGUCUUUCGCUCAAACAAGCAUCUUUACGUCUAAGUGAUUGAUGAUACCAAGAUGCACACUUUAGCUUCAACCAACCAGAAACCUGUCUCUGAGGAGUUCGACUACACAGCUUGUCCCACCACUGUAAGCUACUUCACUAUCACUGCCUAUGAUUUCAACUGCAAUCUCUCUUAAGAUCAUGAGACCCUUAGCUUCAGUUGGAUUUACGCAUAGAGGCUCUAGCUGCUGCUGCACGAGAACAAGAUACAUCGAUAUAUGUGAAAAUGGUUGAGACAUCAAAAUGCUCAUUUCCUAGGAGACAUAUGUACAAGUGCUUGCAAAUUUUGGACGAACGGACAAAACAGUGACGAAACGACGGCGCCGUGUAGGCAGUUCAUAUCCGUUGGAGGAGAGAUGCGAUUUGGUUGGAAGUUAAGUAACUGACAGUCUAUAAAUAGAAAAAAGUUGCGAAGUAUAUGCCCACCCUGGAGUUGAGACAUUACUGAAUAGAUCCGGUUACCUUUUUCCUCCCGUUCAAGUCUCAAUCCUCUCGGCGAUGCAAUGAGGGAGCAGCCAAGGCAUUAAUUGAAAAGGUUGAAGCAGUGUCUCGUUUUCUCGACCAAUCAUCAACCCGUAAAGUCUGAUCUCGACUAGGAUGGCUAGCACCAAUGUUACAGUGGGGCAUUGCCCAAAUGGAAUGAAGGCUACUUCUAAUGGAGCCUUCCAAAACGAAAACCCUCUUGAUUACGCUCUUCCUCUGCUCAUCCUACAGAUCUGCUUGGUGGUUGUGUUUACAAGGCUCUUAGCUUUCUUACUAAAGCCUCUCAAACAGCCCCGGGUCAUCGCUGAGAUCAUUGGAGGGAUACUGCUUGGACCUACUGCUCUGGGACGAAGCAAGGUGUAUCUUGACACCAUCUUCCCAAAGAAGAGCAUGACCGUUUUAGACACGCUUGCAAACAUCGGUCUUCUGUUUUUCUUGUUCCUAGUUGGGCUUGAGCUCGACUUUGCAGCCAUCAGAAAAACCGGAAAGAAGUCACUGUUGAUAGCUCUAGCUGGGAUCUCGCUUCCGUUUGUAAUGGGUGUAGGCACAUCUUUUGUUCUCAGUUCCACCAUAAACAAAGGAGUCCGUCAGCUUCCGUUUAUAGUCUUCAUGGGUGUUGCCUUAUCAAUCACUGCCUUCCCUGUGCUUGCUCGUAUCCUAGCUGAGCUAAAGCUUCUAACAACCGACAUUGGACGUAUGGCGAUGUCUGCAGCUGGAGUGAACGAUGUUGCAGCUUGGAUACUCCUCGCGCUUGCGAUUGCUCUCUCAGGAGAUGAGAGUUCUCCUCUUGUACCUGUUUGGGUUCUGCUUUCUGGAUCAGGAUUUGUGAUCUUUGCAAUUGUGGCAAUCAAACCUCUGCUUGGUUAUAUGGCUAGACGAUGUCCUGAAGGAGAGCCUGUGAAGGAACUCUAUGUCUGUAUCACUCUAACCUUGGUUCUAGCGGCAAGCUUUGUGACAGACACUAUAGGGAUCCACGCGCUGUUCGGGGCAUUUGUGGUAGGUAUAGUAACUCCUAAAGAAGGACCUUUCUGCAGGAUUUUGACUGAGAAGAUAGAGGAUCUUGUCUCAGGGCUUCUUCUUCCUCUGUAUUUUGCGUCUAGCGGUCUCAAAACCGAUGUAACAACGAUCAGGGGAGCGCAAUCAUGGGGGCUUCUAGUUCUUGUCAUACUGACCACUUGUUUCGGGAAGAUUGUAGGAACCGUUGGUGCCUCUCUGCUCUGCAAGGUUCCUUUCAGAGAAGCCAUGGCACUUGGUGUCCUUAUGAACACCAAAGGUUUAGUAGAGCUUAUUGUUCUAAACAUUGGCAAGGACCGGAAGGUGUUGAAUGAUCAGGCGUUUGCGAUCUUAGUGCUAAUGGCGUUGUUCACAACCUUCAUCACAACUCCACUCUUGAUGGCGAUUUACAAGCCUGCAAGAAAAGGAGCACCGUACAAGCAUAGAACGAUCCAAAGAAAAGAUCACGAUUCCGAGCUAAGGAUACUUGCUUGCUUCCACAGUACACGCAACAUCCCUACACUGAUCAAUCUGAUCGAAACGUCAAGAGGAACAGGGCAAAAGGGACGUCUCUGCGUUUACGCGAUGCAUCUAAUGGAGCUCUCUGAACGGUCAUCAGCGAUCGCGAUGGUUCACAAAGCUCGGUACAACGGACUCCCAAUCUGGAACAAGAUCGAGAGAUCAACAGAUCAUAUGGUGAUUGCCUUCGAGGCUUACCAGCAUCUCCGAGCUGUAGCGGUUAGACCAAUGACUGCAAUCUCUGACCUAGGCAGCAUCCACGAGGACAUAUGCACAAGCGCGCAUCAGAAACGAGUGGCGAUGAUUCUGCUUCCGUUUCACAAGCAUCAGCGAGUGGACGGAUCAAUGGAGACGAUCGGGCAUGGGUUCCAUGUAGUGAACCAACGGGUCUUGCAACGAGCUCCUUGCUCCGUCGGGAUUCUUGUGGACAGAGGACUCGGAGGGACCUCACAGGUCGUGGCCAGCGAAGUUGCUUACAAAGUCGUGGUUCCGUUCUUCGGAGGCCUUGACGAUCGAGAAGCUCUCGCCUACGGGAUGAAAAUGGUGGAGCACCCAGGUAUCACGCUAACCGUUCUCAAGUUCGUGGCUGCGAGAGGGACACUGAAGAGAUUCGACAAAGGUGAAGAAGACGAAAAGGAGAAGAAAGAGAAAGAAAUCGACGCAGAGUUCGUGAGUGAGUUGAUGAACGAUCCAAGAGGAAAUGAGUCGUUGGCUUACGAGGAGAGAGUCGUGGAGAGCAAAGAAGAUGUCAACGCGACGCUUAAGGCGAUGAGCAAAUGUAAUCUCUUCGUCGUCGGGAGAAAUGCGGCGGUUGCGUCGUUGGUUUACAGUUCGGAUUGUCCGGAGUUAGGACCUGUUGGACGUUUCUUGUCGUCGUCGGAGUUUUCGACCACCGCUUCGGUACUCGUUGUUCAAGGAUACGAUCCAGCGGCGGAUACACGGCCGCUCGUAACGGAAGAUGUUAACUUCGAAGAGUCUUCCAGAGAUAUUACAGACUCAACAACCGUCUGAUCGGAUUUAAACAGAUUAUAACAACAAAGCAACACAAAGGAAAGAAAGUAAUAAAAACUCUCUGAUUUUGUUUUUGUGACUUGUGAGUGUUUCCUUUUUGUUCUUUUGUAUUUUUCCCCUAAAAUAAUGGCUGCCAUUAGAUUUACGGGCAUAAAAUUCGACCUGAAAGUUCAUGAACCGAAAUCGAACCACUAAAUUUUCUUUUGAAAACCGA